AUGGGUCAUUAUACUCGCUGGAUCCUUUCUAGUACGAACGGACUCGUUAACAAAAAAGACUGAGACAUCCCUGUAGCUGAAACACAACUGUGUCACCUACUCUCUCUCUUGUUAGCGUACUUAGCUUUCCUUCAGAACAACCUAUGAUCAGUUUCUGAGAUUUCUCAACCUCUGGGUUGUUGUCAAUGGAGACGCAGUUGAACAUACCAGGGAGGUUGCUCCACAUGCCAUGUGUUCAGGACGUAAUGAAGGAGAACCCGACCACGGUCCCGGAGAGAUAUGUCAGCAGCGAUCUAGAGCCUCCCAUGAUCAUGGACGCUUGUUCUGGCUUGCAGGUCCCCGUGAUUGACUUGGGGAGGUUGGUUUCGGAGGACUGCUCGAAGCUAGAGCUCAAGAAGCUGCACCAUGCGUGCAAAGACUGGGGCUUCUUUCAGCUGAUAAAUCAUGAAGUGAGCCCUAAGUUGAUAGAGGAAGUGAAGAAGGGGACCGAAGAGCUGUUCAACAUGCCAAUGGAAGAGAAGAAGAAGUUUUGGCAGAGAGACGGCGAAUCGGGCGGCUUCGGACAGGCCUUUGUGUUCUCGGAAGACCAAAAGCUUGAUUGGGCUGACAUCUUCCGCAUGUUCACUCUCCCUGCUUCUAUGAGGAAGCCUCACUUAUUUCCCAAACUCCCCCUUCCCUUCAGAGACGAUCUGGACGCCUACUCGAAGGAAACAAAAGCCCUAGCAAUAAAGCUCCUCUACCUCAUGGCGAAGGCCUUAGGAAUGGAAGCAAAGGACCUUGGGGUGUUCGAAGAUGGGAUGCAAUCGAUGAGGAUGAAUUAUUACCCGCCGUGUCCGCAACCCGAGCUCGUGAUGGGCCUAAACUCUCACUCUGAUGGCGACGCGGUUACCAUCCUCCUCCAGGUCAACGAAAUGGAGGGCCUCCAGAUAAGGAAAGAUGGGAAGUGGGUUCCUGUGAAACCUCUCCCCGGUGCUUUCAUCAUCAAUGUUGGAGACGUUGUUGAGAUUAUAACAAAUGGGAUUUACCAGAGCAUCGAGCAUCGAGCAACAGUGAAUGCAGUGAAGGAGAGGAUCUCCAUUGCAACGUUCUUCAGUCCGAGAAUGGAUGCUGAGAUCGGUCCUGCGUCGAGCCUCAUCACCUCAGAGACCCCGCCAAUGUUCAGGAGGAUAACAGCGGCAGAACAUCUGAAGGGCUAUCUAUCAAGGGAGCUCAACGGAAAAGCUUAUCUCGACGCCAUGAGGGUUCAGAACAACGAAACCUAGAAGAGACGAGUUCUAUCUAUUGAGUAUGAAUGUGAAAAUGGUGAUACGUAUAAUGGUGAUGCAACCUGAUUAUAUGAUAUCGGUUUGAUAUUUAGGGAGGUCCUUUUUGAGAAAGACAAUAAUGACUUGAAAAAACUUAUUUUGAAUCUCA